UGCUCCAUUUUUAACCAAAAGUACUGAUGAAAUUAAUUCUUCUCUUAUGUUAAUUUCUAAUCCAUAAUUUCCACCUUCUCGUGCUAUUACGCUUAUAUCCAAAAAUGGUUGAAGAUACCAGCCUGAACGCCAAUAAACAAAAGACUAAAACUACACGUCCUAAAGCUGUAUAUCUCUGGACAGAGGCCGAUGUGCAGAAGUGGUUGCGACGACACUGCAGCGACUAUUAUAUUUUGUAUUGGGAGAGAUUUCAUGAGCACGAUAUAACAGGCAGAGCACUAGUUCGUAUCAACGACAACACUCUACUCCGUAUGGGCAUCACAAAUAAGGAACACCGGGAGGCAAUAUGGCGAGAAAUCCUCAAACUUCGGCUCAAAACCGACAUUGUCGAGAUUAGGGACUUGGAACGUAGACAUAACUACUUUAACUAUGACUUGUGACAUAUGCACUAUGUUUCGGACUUUAGACUGUUGUUGUUUACUUUAUGGGUGUAUUACCUAUGCCGUUUUUUAAUUAGGUAUAAUGUUAAUAAUUUUUGGUUUAGGAAAACCUUUGUACGAAAUUGGAUUUAAACUCUCUCACAUUUAAGCAGAAUAAAAUUUUUCAGACUUAACAUAAUAGUGCUGUCCAUGUUUCUUCUUCUUAAAACAAACAGCUCAUAAAAAAAAAUUUAACGUUGUUGUGUUCGUUUUUACAAAAGUGCAAUACAGUCACUACAAGUUGCCAAUACAGUAAUUUCAAUUUGCAUACAUUAUCUGUUAGUUCUUAAUGAGUACCUCCUGACAAUUUAACAAUAUGUUACUAUGAAUAGAUCAAUAAUGUUGUUUUUAUUUACACUGCUUGCGAUUUUUAUGUGCUAAAAUGGUUCUAUUAAAGCAUUCUACAUUAGCAAUUUAUAAUGAAGACAUUUAAGAAAUAAUUAUGACAGUAUAACAUACCUAUUUGGUAUUAUUUUUAUAAUAGAAUGAAGUUAGUUACAUUGAUUCUAUCUAAUAUUUUCUAGAUUCGCAUAGGGAAAGGUGAUAGAUGACGCUUGUUCUCUAGGGAGAUGUUACGCCCACUGACGGGCAGGCUCGGCAGGGGAUCCUUUGGCAUCCACACGUUAACGGCAAUAUGCCCCGGCGCCCUUAAGCAUGCCGCAGCAUUCCGUUGCGACAUCUUGCUCGUGAUUGGCAUCCCUUCAGAUAUCGGCCUUGCCCUCCUUCAUAUAGACGUCCCGAAGCCUGCCGAAGUAUACCAAAGGCUGCCGAGGCAUUCCGAAUGCGGCCGGCUCAGUAUCCCUAAGCAUGCCGCAGCUUUGUCUUUGUGGCUACAACCAUUACCAUUACCAUUGCAAUUUCAACUAUAAUGCCAUACUUCUUAAGUAUAUUACCUUUCGUCACCUAAAAAUCUCCCGCCGAGCCGAUCACGUCAGUGGGAUUUGUAUGCAUUUUGAAUUAGGACGCCGAAUCUGCUUCGAUUCCGAAUUUUGUAAAACGGAAUUUUAGGACUCUAUAGACGACAAAAUUAGUGGGUAUAAUGAGCAUGAACC